AUGGACACCGAGCUGUCGGUCCUCAACGCAAAUCCAACCAGAAUUCCGGGACCAAACCUGUUGCAUCACCUCAUCACCCCUUCAUGCGAGCUGCCAGCCAUUGAUCACCUAUCCCGCGGCCAGACGACGUUGUAUUCGUACCGUCAACUUCACGAUGCUGCCGAUGCCAUCGCGAAUCGCAUAUCCAACCAUUGUGCGUUCACUGGCCGCCCUCGGCCGGACCUGGUGGUUCCAGUACUCAUCCAUCAGUCUCCAUUGCUAUACGUCUCCCUACUUGCAAUCCUCAAAGCUGGUGGUGCCUUUUGUCCACUGUAUAUCGAUGCUCCCCCGGAACGAAUUAGGUUCAUUCUCAAUGACGUCUCGGCGGAAAUGGUCCUCGUGUCAGAUGAUCUCGUGCCGCGGAUACCAUCAGAUGUCGAUGUCGAACUCAUCCGAGUUGAUCGGAUGGACGCAUAUGCCUGCGCGGGAGCUCCUGACCACCGGAAACCCACGCCAGAGGACCUCGCCUACGUUAUGUACACCUCCGGCUCAACAGGAACACCUAAAGGCGUCGGCAUCUCCCACUCUGCUGCGACGCAAGCAUUGCUAGCCCACCAUCGCCACAUCCCAUCCUUCUCUCGAUUUCUCCAGUUCGCUGCUCCGACCUUUGACGUCUCCGUUUUCGAAAUAUUCUUUCCACUAUUCCGAGGCAGCACGCUCAUUUCUGUGCCGAGAGAGGAAAUGCUGGAUGAUCUGCCCAUGGUUCUGCGAAAUAUGCAUAUUGACGCCUGUGAACUGACGCCCACCGUUGCUGGAAGUUUGCUCAGGAAAAGAGAGCAUGCCCCCAAGCUGAAACUUUUGCUAACGAUUGGCGAGAUGCUGAAUUCCCUCGUCGUGAACGAGUUUGGAGGGUGCCCGGGCAAGGAAAGUGUUCUCUGGGCCAUGUACGGGCCCACCGAGGCCACCAUCCACUGGUAUGAUGCCUGA